GGUUCCCUCCCCUCCGGCUGCGCUACGGACGGCAGACCAACGACGGCGUCGGUGGCGCACGAGGCCGAUGGCGUUCCAGAGGAGAUCGUUUGCUCGCAAGAGCUCGCCCGACGGCGAUGAGUGCGAGCGGCAAGCCACCACAUUUCCUCACCAAUAUUUCCGCUUGCCGCCCGAUUUCCGGGUGGGAGUCGAUCAUCUCCUUGCCUGCAGUCUCCGUGAACAGCUUCCAGGCCGCAUCCCAUGGCAAGGCUUCUACCUUGAUCUUCUUCUUCACGCCCAUCUGGUCACAGAGAUCUUCGUUUCGCGUCCCGAUACGACCACAAGCAAUGGAAGACCAUGGACAGGAAGCCUUCGUGCUUGGUGAUGGGGUACUUUUUCUGCACAGCUUUGGCCAGCAUUCACAGGAAGGACUGCCACUGGUUUCUGCCGAUGGAAUCCCCUGCAAAUAUGAUCUUGUCGUUCCUCUCCUCUCCAGUAUCUUAGAUGCAUUGAAUCUUCCGGAAGAACAAUACAAGCUCAUUAGGGAAUCAAGUAUUCUGGCAAAUCCAGAAAUUCCAUGAGAUCGCAACGCAAGGAAUCAACAGGGGCGGCGGGCGAUCAGGUUGGAAAAAGGAGAGGAGAAGGAAAUCGGUCACGGUCGGAGGCGGCGCCCGGAUCUCCUUGGAACGCCACCGGCCUCACGCGCCACCGCUGGUCUGCCGUCCGCAGCGCAGCCGGAGGGGAGGAAGGCGGUUUCUGUAAAAGCCUCCAUUAAAAGGUAAUAAAAUUAUUAUUUAAUCUUUUUUUAUUAGCGUCGUCUUGCACGUGAUUUUAUCCCAACCAUGUGUCCAAU